AUGUUAGAUAACCUAAACGCUUAUUCACUUCGUGGUUUUUUCGAUAUCCAUUCCGGAGUUAUGUUUGAUAAAACUCUUUUCAUUCAACGAAAUUCGUAUUUAGUAGCACUUAAGGUUAAAGAGUUCCAUGAGAAUUCGAAGCAUUAUAUAACAACUAGAGGAAAUGAAAUUAUUUUAAUAAACAGAAAUGAAAUUGGGUGUUCACAAGUUGCAGAUCAUCGAGUUCGAACUAGAAUAUUUUCAUUAGAUUACAUAUUCGGUUCGGCUGAUCAACUUAAUCCAGAUAAUAAUUCACAGGCUUUCAUUUACAACCAUGUAGGAAAACCUGCUGUGGAUUCUGUAAGAAACGGUUACAAUUGUAGUUUAUUUGCAUAUGGCAUGACAGGAACAGGAAAAACGCACACAAUAUUUGGAUCUGAGGAGGAUCCAGGAUUAAUACCCAGAAUAUGCGAAGCUUUGUUGAGCUAUAUGAAAGUGAACCAAAAUGUACAUACAAAUUAUGAAUUAAAAAUAAGUUUCACUGAAAUAUACAAUGAGAAAAUCCGUGAUUUACUUAGCAAUACAAAUGAACAAUCAUCACUGCGUAUACGUGAACAUCCUGAGGAUGGACCAUAUGUGGAAGGCCUAACUAAAGCAACUCUGACUGAUAUUAAAUCUUUACGUGCAAUCAUUGGAAAAAGUAUUAGAAAUAGUGAAAGUGUACAUAAUUUAAGUGACAAAAAACAUUUCAAUGAAGGACGAAAUAUCAACCUAUCCUUAUCAUCUUUGAGCACUGUAAUUGGAAGAUUAGCUGAAAGGAAUUCGUUCUUGACCAAUGAUUCAGAACUGAUAACACAUAGUAGCCAGUCCACACUGAAUAGUACUAGAAGUUCUCACAAUUCAAGUACUCAUCAUACUAGUUCAUUUCAUAUUCCUUAUCGCAAUUCCAAAUUAACAUGGCUGUUAAAGGAUUCUUUGGGUGGAAAUGCACGUACCACAAUGAUAGCAACUAUAUCGCCAUCUUACAAAUAUUACAACGAAACGUUGAAUACCCUGCGUUAUGCUCAACAAGCCAAGUUAAUCAAAAAUGCACCCAAAGUAAAUGAGGAUGCGUGUACUACUUAUAUAAAACAACUUUUAAACGAAAUUUCUAUAUUAAAACGAAGACUGCAUGAAAGAGACGAUUAUUUUACAGUUCGAAAAAUGCAGAAUUGUGGCUUUUCAAACAAUUUAAAUGGGUCUACAUGUUUCAACGAGCAUAUUUUACAAGGCAAAUCUGCAAAAUACCCAAAAAACAAUAUUGAUAUUCUGACUACAUCAUAUGGAGAAUACAUUCAGCCAUUCGAAAUUCAAAAUUCCGAUAAUAAAAUGAAAUCUUCCCAGGAUGAUUAUGAUCACGACCAUUGGGAUUGCAAUGAACAACAACAGCCACUUCAUGAUAUUCAGUCAUUAAUAACUGUAGAUCAAAGUACACAAACUAUUCAAGUGGAAGAAUAUGAAAAAGUUUGCUUCGACCAUUUAAACAGAGUGGAACUAUUGAAUUUCUUCUGUAGUCGGAUAAGUAGGUUUCCAUCCAAGAAGAUAGAACAGAACAGCAGAUAUGCAGUUACUAUUUUUAACUCUAAUCUAAAUGAUGCAUCCAAUCUUUUAAACAGUCUUUCAAAAUCCGAAACAAUUGACAACACCUCAACUAAUAAGCACACAUCUAACUCUCUUGAUCUGCUGGAUAGAGACUUAGGCAAUGAUAAUUCAACUGCGAAUAAUCAAGAUUAUGAAAAGAGAUCCGAUGAAAAUGAUGAAACUGAUGAAAUGCUUAUUCAAGUUAGACCAUCAUCUUUUAAUAUUACAGUUGCUGAUGAUAAUGAGGAGAAAGAAGAUCAACAAGACCACUUCAAUGCUGAUCUAAGUCUGGAACCAAGCAAAAUUUGUGUAUCACUGAAGAAAUUUUCUGAAAACAAACAAGCACUAAAGAAGCUUAGGUCUCCGAGUAUAUCAACAUCAACACCUAAAAAUAUCUCUGAAUUGAAUAAAUCACGAUUAAGAAAAAAACCAUUUCGAAGGAAAUUCAAGAAGGCUAGUUAUUCUUGGCGAGGUUCUGUCAGGAGAAGAUUGAAAUUCAUGGACGAAUUCGACAAAAGGAUAAACCGUGAAAGUAUUUCUAUUGCUAGAUUCAAUAAUACUAUAUCGAAAGAUUUUGAAGAUAAGAAUUCAGCUUCAGUGUGUGCAUUUGAUCGUGAUCAACUUACAAAGAUUAGAAAAACAUCCGACUUGAAUUUGUUAAUUAAAAGUAAUGAAUUGACAGAUUCACUGAUUUCAUCUACAGAUUUGCAACUUUGCUACAAUCGAGAAUUUCUUAGAAAUCGAAAUGACAAUGAUGAGAUAAGCGUUGAAUUUGAUACCGGUUGCGUAACCAACAACAUAAAAUUUGAUACUAAUUCAUUAAAAACUCCAGAUUUAGCCACGACAGCAGGUUUGUCCUCUCCAUCGUCUUACAAGGCAACUGAAUCUGAUUUACGAGACAGCAGUGUAACAUCAGAUCAGGCUGUUAUACUUGAUGAAAACCAUUCGAAUAUACAAUCUACUCAUAAAAGAAAAAAAUACGAUUUUAAUGAUAGUACAGAUAUAUCCUUGAAUUUGGAAGAUAGUUUAGAAGAUUUUGACAAUAGUGACUCAAGUUUUGAUUUAACAGAUAGCAUAGAAAUGAUUAGAAACAGUGGAUUGUAUUCCAGUCAAUCGAGAGAAAUUCAACACACUUUAGACACAUCUCUUUCUUCUCCUUCAUCGAUACGCACUGGCGAUCUAUCACUUGAAGAUGAAGCUCACAGCGAGAAACGUGAAAACAUCAUCUUUAUCUUAUCCCAUUUUAAAUGUUAUACAUUAUUCGAUGACUUAACCUCAUAUGUAAUCCAAGUUGGCAACAGUGACUUAGUAAUUUUAUGGUUCAUCAAUCUUCUAAUUAAAAUUCAUUCACCAUAA